CACAGCCAGAAAUGUCUCAACCAACUCAACGUCAAGCCUGGCGUCGAACAGACGACUAUACAAAAGGCACCCCCAAAGUGAAACUCGUCACAGAAGACAUUCCUCUCCCUCUUCAUCCAACUGCCGUUCUCAUCAAAGUGCACGCAGUUGCUCUCAACUAUCGCGAUGCCAACAUAGCCAAUGGCGGUAACCCCUGGCCUGUUACUCCCAAUGGUAUUCCUGGCAAUGAUGCCGCCGGUGAGAUCGUUUCAGUCGGGAAUAGAGUCUCGCUCGUCAAAGUUGGCGAUCGUGUUGCUCCGAUCACGGACUCAGAAUUUGUUAAUGCUCGCUCGACAGGAAGGUCUUGGCUCGCGGCCAAUGAGGAUGGCAUCUUGGCCACUUACAUUAUCUUUGAUGAGAAGUUGGUUACAAAAUUACCUGAGCAUCUUGAUUGGGUUCAGGCUUCGAUCAUUCCGUGUGCUGGAACGACCGCUUGGUCUGCUCUCAAGGGCGCUAAUAUCGGGCAAACAGUUUUGAUCCAAGGCACUGGCGGCGUUUCCACUUUUGCUCUCAAGCUGGCUCGCGCUUCAGGUCUUCGGGUCAUCCUUACUUCCUCAAGUGAUGAGAAGUUAGAACAAAUCAAGAAGCAAUUCGGAAAGCCAGAGAUCCAAACCGUCAACUACAAGACCCACUCAGAAUGGCACAAGGAAGUUCUCCGUCUAACAAAUGGUGUCGGCGUUGAUCUCGUCCUCGAGAACGGUGGCAACAGUUCUCUCGUUCGGUCCAUGGAGUGCACUCGACGUGGAGGCAUUGUCAGCCAAGUUGGUUAUCUGGGCGGCUCUAAACCUGAGCAUUUAAAGGAGUUUGUUUCCACUAUCAUCGAUCGACGACUGAACGUUCGCGGUAUCAACGCGGGGUCUAAGGAUGAUCAGGAUGAACUUAUGGCUGCCAUCUCUGCGACACAGAUGACUUUCGAGGAUAUUCUUGACUCGACUUGGUCUUUCGAUAAAGCAGAGGAGGCAAUCGAGUAUGUUUGGCAAGGCAAGCAGGUCGGAAAGGUUGUUAUCAAACUUGAUGACUAG